AUGACUACAAUAAAUAUAAUUUCACAUAAUAAAUGUGUUUUAAACCUUGAUGCAUCAGGUAUUUUCGAAGUUAAUUUGCAAGGUCCUACAGGUUAUUGGGUUCCAAAACUUCUUACAGAUGAUGACUGGAUCGAAUAUCAAGUAGGUACAAGUAAAAUGAGAAUUAAUUUUAAAGUAAAUGAAGAAGUUAUUGUUACAAAUGAUUUACCUCAAGUAGCAACACAAACUGAACAUGGUGUUUUAGUUGAAGAAACAACACAAACUGAAGAAACAACACAAACUCAAGAUUCAACAAAAACUGAAGAAACACUCCAAACUAAUGAAGAAGAGGAAUAUGAAGAAGAGGAAGAAAUUAAUGUUGUAACUAGAGAAUUAUCAGAUGUUGAAGAAAAUAGUGAAAAUCCAGAACAAAAUACAAAACAAGAUCAAGCAACUCAAACUCCAACAGAUCCUAUAGGAAAAAUUGAAUAUUAUACAAAAGUGAAACUUGGUGAUGAAGUUUUAGAAGGAAAUCAAUUUGAUGUUGAUGACCUUGGAUUUUAUAAAUUUCCAAAACCAAUUACUGAUUGUUCAAAUAGAGUUAAACAUUUAUUAGGUAUCAUUAAUUUACCUGCAACAAAAUCACAAGUUCCUCCAUCUGUGAUUGGUCCAAGGUUUGUAUUAAUAAAAUGUAAUCAAAUAAAUACACCAAUGAGAUUCGCAAAUCAAUUAAUUAAAGUAGAUGAUGAACAACAAAAGAAGAAAAGAAAUUAUCCUUCUGUUCAAAAUAUUGGAAGCAUCAAUUUUAAUUCAAAUGGUUUAAACCAACUUGUUGUAUUAAAUGGUGCAUCAUUUACUGCUCCAGCAAAUGAAAUAUGUGAUUUAGAAUUUAGGAUAGUUGAUAUUUAUGGUGAUGAUAUUCAACUAGAUUCAGAUUUUCUUUGGACAUUUCAACUAAAUAAAAUUUCAGAUGAACAUAUUAAACAAGAUUUUAAUCCGAAUGAAAAUAAUGCUGGACAACCUAUUGAAGAACAAGAACCAAAUCAAAAUAGUGAACAACAAGUUGUGGGUUGA